AGGCUCGGGCUCUGGCCGCCGCCGUCACGGAGAAGCUCCCGGUGCGCGGCCGCUGCGUCGCUGGUUCCCGGGAUGAGUGUCGGGCCCGCUUCACCGGGAGGCCGGAGCGGGCCAAGGCGGAGCUAGCGGCGAGGACUGCGAGAACCGGCCUCGGACGCCCUGGCGCCGCCCCUUGCGCCUCCCUGAGGGGAACCAGCGCGCCAGUCACCUUUAAACUAUGUGGAAAUGGGGCAGUGGUGAUGAUUCAGUCCCUAAAUCUGGAGUUCAUGGCACUUCUCAAUCAGCAAGCAUGUCAGCGGGUGACUUAACUGAGCAGCUGGCGCAGACUAAACAACUGGUAACACAACUCAAGGAACUUGUCAAGGAAAAGGAGAAUGAGCUACAUAAUAAGGAGCAACAGUUAAAGGAGGAAAAAGAAGCUUCUGAAGCUAGGAUUUCCAAAUUAAAGCUGCAAAACAAAGCCAAAGUAACAUCUUUAACUUCACAAUUAGAGGAACUUAAGAAGCAGCUGUCAGGUGCUGGGAAUAAAGAAGGAAAAUCUGAGCAAAAGAAAAGUUCUAGAGAUGGUGAUCAGGAUAAUGCUGCAGCAAGUCGUGGAAAAAUAUUGGUACUUAAAAAGAAAAUUGAAGAACUAGAGACACAGAAUGCUCAAAGAAAUGAAGAGCUUCAGAGAAAGACUGCUGAAGUGGAUGCUGCACAUCAACGGGGGGCAGAAAUGGAUGCCAUGCUUGCUGAGAAGCAAAAAAAGCUGGAUGAAAAAGAAGCCUAUAUCAUUGAUUUACAGUUAUCCUGUGGAUCAAAUAAUGAUGCCAAAGAAUUACUAAUACAUAACAGUGAAUUAAAGAAUCAGCUUUCCACAAAGGAGGCUUCAUUACAGAGUAUGCAAAUCCUAGUUCAGAAUCUUACAAAGAAAGUUGGAGACAGCGAAGAAAGAUGUAGCCUCCUUGAGGAACAAAUUAAAAACCUUAAAAGCCUUCAGAGUAAAGAGAAGGGGCAUUUCCAGGAAAGAGAAGCCAUGUAUACACAAAAUAUUCGUAUGUUUCAGAAUAUUAUACAAGAAAAGGAAAAAGAGCUGAUGGGACUGGCCCAAAAACAUGAGCAAGAACUCUUUAAGAUGGCUGCUAAAUCUGAUGCUAGUGCUGAUCUAGAACAGCUAUUGAAAGCCUUGAAACAGAAGCUCCAUGAAAAGGAAGAAGUCAUGCUAGGAAGAACACAAGUGAUAGUUAUGUUGCAACAAGAAUUGGAUGCUAAAGACCAGCAGCUCAAAGAAAUUAAUGAACAUCUGAACCGCCUUCAGUUAGAAAAAGAUAACCUCCAGUCCAAAUUGAAUGCCGAAAAGCAUGUAAUGCGAGCACAGCUGAGAGACAUGAUGGAGAAACAUGAGAAUGAAAUGAAAGAAGUUAGAGAGAGUCACAAUGCAGAGAUCCAAGUGCUCCAAGAAAAGCAUGAAACUGAGAUGCAGGAAAAACACCAAAUUCAGCUUCAACUUCAGAAACAAUUGGACAAAUUAAGCUCUGGUGGACAAAAUGAUUUGGCGCAGUCUGUUGAUAUAGAUGCUGUAAUUAAACUAAAGCUGGAACAGCUUGAAGCUCAAGCAAAACUGAAAACGGAAGAGGCCAGCAAAUCUGAGGCAAGGUUCCUUAAAAUGAAAGCUUGGUCUAAAUCCAGAAUCAGACAGCUUGAAGAUGAGCUGAAAAAUUUUACAUCAGCAAGUGACAACGUAACUGCCUUACAUGACCGGAUUUCCGAAUUAGAACAGGAAAAGGAAGACCUCCAGUCCACACUACAAUCUUUUACUGAACUUAAAACUCAAAACGAAGAAUUGCUGGCUAAGCUGGAAGUUUAUGAAGAGCAGCAGCGAAAGUUGCAAGCGGAUCUUGAACAAGUUACGAAGAGGGCAGCUUCGCAGCCUAGUGAAUCGGGCAGUGUAGAUGAACUACAGAGUCGGCUUUUGGAGUGGCAAGAAAUUGUAACUGAAUCUGAAGAUGUACACAAUCAAAUUAGAGAGGAAAAAUCUGCAAUGGCUCUAAGAAUGGCACAGAUUGAAGAAGAGAGAGAAGCCAUAGUCUCAGGGCAGCAGGAGCUGGAGGAGGAACUGGCCACAGGUCAAGGGAUUGGCAGAAUGCAUCCGGAGAGAAGAAAGAUGGCCCAGUCCAGCAGGAAACUCCAGGAAGAUUAUGAUUUUGAUGGAAAGCAGUGCUUUGAAGAGCUGAAUGUGACUUUGGAUAGCACUGAUUCAGCUGAAGGAGAAAAUAUGGGAGGUUGGUGGCCAGAGUACACUUCUUCUAACACAGGUUUACGGACCGUAGUGGAAGAGUUAGAAUUGGAAAGAAAUCAGUUGCAAGAACAAAUUCUCUUUUUGGAAGAACGUUGUCGGGACUUUGAAGAUCGAUUGCAGCUCCAAGGCAGAAUGGAAGCUCUACAGAAUGAGAAUGAUCGUUUGCAGUCCCAGCUUACGCAGCUGCGCAACCAGCAUGCACGUGAUGCAGAGAAACAUCAAGUUCUUGUUUCCAGUUUCAAUGAACAACUUAAAGGACUGAAUGAAAGGAAUGGCUUGCUUGAAAGUUUGCUUGGGGAAAAGGAUCAAAAGAUUUCAAGUACAACAGAAAAACUGGAACAGAUAGAAUACAUGAGAAGUUCACUUCAAGAGAGAGACCUUCUAAACAAGGAACUGAGUGAAAAGCUUUUGCAAACCGAACAAAAGUUGGAAGAUGCCUUAAAGAAGUGCAGUGCUUAUGGCCUGGAGUGUGCAGAACAGAAAGCCCUUAUCAGUGACCUAACUGAAAAAGUGGCUGCCUUUAAAGAAAAGACUGUGAAACAGGAUGCUGCUAUAGAAGUAAUACGAUUGGAGCUUGAGCAGACAAAUGAAGAACUUGAUAGAUUGAACACAAGCCAUUUAGAAGAGAGAUCUCAACUUAUUCAAGACCUUCAGAGUCGGGAAAGAGAAAUUGACAACCUCAAAGAAGUUGUAACUGAAAAAGACAAAGAAAUUACUGCUCUUUCUUCCAGUAUGACUGAGUACUCUGAACAAAUUAAUAUUCUGAAAUGCCAGAUCAAGUGCAAAGAGGAUGACAUACGAGAAAUGGAAGGUGCUCUGUCCAGGGUUGAAAGGGAAGCCCAGUUGUUGAAAGAUGUACAAACUGCUGAUGUGAAGGAUGCAAGCAACAAGAUUUCAGAACUUUCACAGCAGCUAAACACAGUGGAAUCUGAGCUGGCAAAGGAGAGAAUUGAAAAUGAAGCCAGAACCAAAGAAAAUGAGGACUUGUUUAAGCAAAUCAAAGAGUCCAACAAAACAAUAAAAGAACUUAAUUUGGAAAUCAAGACCCAUGAUGUUACUUAUACCAAUAAACUCAUGGAGUGUGAAUCCCAAAUUAAAUUGCUUAAAGAACAGAUAAGCAAAUCAACGGAGAAGUUGCACGAAACAGAGAGAAAAUAUAAGGAAGAAAUGGAACAUCUCAAAUCCCAGCUUGAUGAACAUGUUUCUGCCAAGGAAAAUCUGAAUACCUUGCUAAAAGAAAGAGAAAACAAAGAGCAAAGUUUUGCGAAUGAACUGAAAUCAGUGAAAGAUUCGUACAAUCAACUAACUUUAGAAAAUGCUAAAAAAGAUGAAGAGUUAGCCAACUUAUCCAGGCAGCUUGCUGAACAUACUGAACGUCUAGAGAUUGCCAAAAAAUCUUUGCAGGAAAAAAAAGAGAUUAUAAUUUCAUUAAAAGAUAAACUUAAAACCGUAGAGCAGCAAAAUGAGAAGGAAAAAUUCAAGUUAGCUGAGGAGCUGAACAAUAAGGAAGUUAAGUUAACAGAAAUUAAUAAUAAGCUGCAUGAGAAAUAUGAAAUAAUUACUAAACUGGAAACAGAAAGACAGGCUAGCAUCCUCAUAAAUAGCCAAUUUCAGGCAGCUCUUGAGCAGAAGGAAAAAGAGUUUGCAGGUCAGCUUAAAAGUAUUGAAGAUCUCAGCAGUGAGGUGCAUACCAUGGAGAGGGAGAAACAACAAUUAAUCAGUGAGAAUGAGAGUUUGUCUAAAUUACUGGAUCUAAAAGAAUGUGAACUGUUGAAGCGUGCUCAGUCUAUGACUGAAAUGGAGAGUAAGAUGUCUGUCGCUGCCAUUGAACACCAAAGAAUACUUUCAGAAGUUAGUCAUGAUAAAGAGACAUUUAAAAACAAGGUGGAAGAACUGUCAAACCUUGUAAAACAAAAAGAAAAUUUAGUUGCAGAGCAGUUAAUAGAAAAACAAAAGGAGUGUGCCCUGUUAGCAGAUCAGCUCUCUAAAAGCAGAGAGCGGACAGAACAGUUAAGUGAAGAAAUAAAAAUGUUUAGCAUUCAGUUGCAAGAUGUCAAAGACAGAGUGGUGGAAAAAGAAGGAUUGUUAAGUCAAAAAGAGUCAGAAUGUAGUAAAAUGGCUCUACAGCUUAGUCAAGAGAAAGAAAAAGUUUCAUCAUUAUGGAAACAAGUUCAGGACAUAAAAAUGGAGCUUGAAGUUAAAAGCAAAUCUCUAGAUGAAAAAAGCAGGCAUAAUGAUAAUUUACUUAGACAAAUAGAAGAAAAACAAGUCAAUAUGGUAGAACUGGAGAGAGAGGUAGAAAGGCUUCAAGAUGAUGGUGUCCAAUUUUCUCAUCAGCUUGAAGAAAAAGACUCUGUUGUGUCAUCUCAAAGGCUAGAGCUUGAGGAACUUCAAAAGCAGAUUGCCAAGAAAAUGGAAGAGUGCACAGCAUUAAGUGACCAGAUAGUAUUAUUAGUCAAAGAAGUAGACAUUUUGAAGUGUGAAAAGGACAGUGCUUUGGCUAUUUGCAGUGCAAAAUCAAGUGAGUGUGAUGCUUUACAGCAUCAAUUAACACAACAUCACAGUGAAAUUGUGUCCACAAAACAUGAAGCUCAUAUGUUGAAAUUAGAAAAUGAAAAAAUAAAAGCAGAUAUUGAAACAAUAAAUGCUACAUUUCUGAAAAAGUGUGAGGGAGUAAUUCCCUUAAAUGUGCAGUUGUCUCAGCAAGGUUACAGUGUUUUAGCCUUCACAGACCAAAUUGAUAACUUGGUCAGUGAAAUAAAAACUUUAAAAUGUAAUUUCCAUGCUAAAGAGACCCUCCUUUUCCAAAAGGAAGCUGUGAUUGAGCAAAUGAAAGAAAAGAAAGAUGCAGGUGAAAAGACAUACUUGCAGAUUGUUUCAGAUUUGCAAAGCCAAGUACAGGUUUUACAUUGUGAUAUUGAUCAACUUAGGCAAGAGGUACAAGGAAAAGAAAACGAAUUGAAGAAACAAACCCAAGAAUUAAAAUUGCUGAAAAAUAAAUCUGAGGAAUCUGAUUUGCUUAGAGUUCAACUGUCUGAGAAUAUGGAAAUAAUUUCUAACCUUCAGAGUCAGAUUGAAAACAUGACCAAAAAGACUGAAGAAUUAAGUCAGUCAAUUACACAGAAAGAUAACUUUUUAAAACAAAAGGAGGAAGAAUGUGUUAAUUUGCAAGCCUGCAUUUCUGAGUCUUCCUCUGUGCAGCAGAAACAUGUACAAUCAUUGAUAUCUGAAGCAGAACAGUUAAGAGCAGUCAUUUCUGAAAAAGAGUCCAUGGUGAAUAAUACUUUAUUGCUUAACAAUACAUUGAAGACUGGACUUCAGGAGAAAGAAACGGAAUGUGAAAUGUCGAGGAAGCAAGUUAAAGAUUUGGAAGAAUCAAACUUUAAUCUAAAAAAAGAAAUAAAUGAUCAGAAGAACAUUAUAAACAACAUUAACCAGGCACUGGCAGAAAAAGAAGCUUCUCUUUUGAGUAAUGCCUGUCUUGUGGAAAAACUAAGAGAGGACUUAAACACAAAUGAAGAAAAAUUGCAAUUGAUUUCUCAGCUUCAUGGUCAAAUCAAUGAAAUGACCAAAGAAAUCCAAAAGUCAAAAGAACUAGCACAGGAAAAAGAGGAAGCUUUCUUGUCACUGCAGGACAAAUUUGCUGCUCAGUAUGAACAAAGAAACGAACUCAGUGCUACUCUGAAUAAAAAUGAGGACUAUAUUUCUGAAUUGGUAAAUUCUUUAGAUCAGAAGGAUUUGAGUGUGAAGCAAGCUGAAAGCAAGGUUCGGGUUCUUAGUAAUGAGAUUGAGCAACUUAGAGAAGAGCUACAAAAAAACUCAGCUACACUUAAAAAGCUUUUGCAAGAGAAGGAUGAAAAUAUUGCAGUUAGUCAGAAGAAACUUGACACUUUGUCAGCUGAAUUGGAAUCUGCCAAAUCAGAGUACCAGAAAACAUUGGAACAAGUUGAAUUAUGGCAGCAAAAUGUUCAAAACAGAGAGAGUGAGUUGCAGGUUUUACAGGAAAAAUGCACCCAGCAAGCUAAGCAUAUUGAGUACUUAAAUUCUGAGCUCAGUGUUUUAAAUUCUAAGUCUCAAGAGCAUCAAGAUCAUAUACUUUUAAUGGAAAAGCUGGAACAACAGGUAAAGUCUUUAAUGAAAGACAAAACUCUUUUGCAGGAGAACUUUGAUAAGCUCAGUAUGGAAAAUGAGCAACUGGUUAAGAAUUCAAAAGAACUGAAAGACCUUAAUGAAAAAUUAGAAAGCAGUGAGAAUGAAUCACGAAUGCAUGUACAUGCCAUCACUUUGCAGCUGGAGAAUGAGAAAGAGCAGUUGCAGAUGCAGGUUAGUGUGAAGGGUAAAGAAGUUGAUGAAUUAAAGCUUAGGGUUGAAAAGCUAGAACAUGGUCUUCUUGAGUCAGAAAGGGGAUAUGUGACUGAACUUGGUAGGGCAACACAACAAAAUGAAAUUAGUCUUAAACAACUGAAUGAUUCAGAAAGGGAACUGAAAUCCAAAGAUGCUCAGAUUCAGUUUUUACAACAAGAACAGGACGUGAUUAAGAAAGAGCUUACCAGAUACUUGUGUGCAUUAUCACACAGUGGGUAUUUCAUCAAAGAUAGUGAUAGUGAUGCUUGUCGGCAAGUAACUGAAAGUAAGGCUAUUUUGGAAAAGUUAUCUACUCUAAUAGAUAAGAUUCUUAACCAAGAAGCUGAAGCAGAGGCACUGCAACGAUCCCUGCUAGAGAGAGAGAAAGAGAUGUAUCACUUGAAUAUGCAGUUAGAAAGUAUGGAGUCCUUGAGGGAGGAGAAAGAACAGAUACAGAAUCAGUUGGAGAGGGUCAGAGAUACUAAUCAAUCAGAGAUGGAAUAUUUGUCAAAUGAACUGAGUACUGCAAAGGAGGCAUUAUAUAAGCAGAAGUCUCUUUGUGAAGAAAAGGACACAGAAUUAACAGACAUGAAGAAGAGGGUUAGUGUUCUCCAAGAAAAAAGUGAUAAAUUGGAAAAAGAACUUGAAAACAAUUGCAAGACAUUGAACACCCAAUGUCAAAAAGAAGCAAAACUUGCAGAAGAACUACAGUACAAAAACCAGGUGAUAGAAAACCUAAUUUCUCAAAGUAGCCAACAGAAAGAUUUGAUUUCUACUCUAAGCCAGCAGCUGAAAGAAAAGGAUUGUGCAGUUACUCAAGUCAUGGAAUCUUUAUCUAACGAGAUGGUAAAGUUUUCUGAUGAAAAAAACGCACUUACUAUCAAACUACAGCAAUUGGAAGCUAGUCAAACUAGCAUAAUAGAAGAAAAAAUAGAAAAAUAUAAAAAGGAAAGUGAACUCUGUCAAGUUAUGUUAACUGAAAAGGAAGAAACAAUUAAAGAAUUACUGGAUGAGAAGGCACAAAUAAAUGUUUUUUUGGAAAAAAUAAGUCAAGAAAAAGAUAAUCUGAAAAAGAAGCUUCAAGCAGCUUUGAUAGUGAGGAAGGAUUUAAUGCAAAAAAUUGAGAAUCUUGAAAAAACCCAUCAAGAAUUUACAGAAAGAGAGUAUAAAAAAACACAAGGCAUACUUGAACAGAUGGAUGAAGUAACAAAGCAGGUUAAAAGUGCUGAAGCUCUUAAUAGAAAUCUGGAAUCUCAACUUGAAGGACUAAAAGGAAAAUUGUUAGAAAAAGAUGCUAAAAUAUACGAUAUAAGUGAACUAUUAACCACUAAGACAAUGCACUUGGAAGAGUUACAGAAGAAUUUUACAGAAAUAAAAGUUGCCCUUGCUGAACAAAAAAUCACGUCUGAUAAGAAUUUAAUUUGUCUACAGGAGAAAGAUUCUCAUCUUCAACAAAAGCAGUCUGAGCUCACUGAGAGAGAGCGAAUGUAUGGAGAGGAACGUUCUCAGCUUUUCUUAACCAUAGAACACCUCAAAGCUGAUAUAGCCAAGAAAGAAGAAACAUGUAAACAAAUGAAUGAAACAGAAGAUACAUUGCAUGCUGGAGGUUCUUGUGGAGAUAGUACACAUUCCCUUAGUGAAACUCAUCAGUUGCAGAAAGAAAAGGAAAUCUUGCAAAAGAAACUCCAAGCACUGCUUGUGGCCCGUAAAGAAAGCGCUAAAAAAAAUCAAAAAAUAAAAGAAGAACGUGAUACACUACUAGCAAGGAUUAAUAAAAUAACAAAGGAAUUUGAAAUCAUACAAACAGAAUAUAAAGCACUCCAAGCCGUCAAUCAGAAAAAGUGUGAAGAAUUCGACUCUAAUCUGUUGCUUUUAUGCUCUCUUCAGAAAACAUUGGCAUCUUCUGAAGCUCUGCCUCACAGUGAAAAUGCUGAAAAGAAAACCAUGGAAUCGGAGGAGCUUAAUGCAAAGGGCCAUGCUAUGUUAGAAGAAUCAGAGAAUAUGAUAAGUAAAAUAGUAGUCAAAGAAGAGGAUGAUAUGGCAAAAAUUAGUAAUGGCUAUAUGAAAUUAAUAAAUGAAAAAGAAAAAUUUCAAGAAGAGCUAAAAGUGAAGUCAUUAGAACUUGAUAGGAAAGAACAAGAAGCAGCAAAACUGAAGACCUCUAUUGAACAUCUGGAGCACAAAUAUAAGAAAGACAAAGAGAAUAUGCUGGUUGAGAGAAAUCAACUUCAACAACAAUUAGACCUGUAUAAAAAUGAACUGGUAAGUGUUAGGGCUAUGAUUGAUAGUGUAAACUCUGAAAAGGAUGUGUUCAAGAAAACUGAAGACACUCACCUGUUCAGUCUGGAAGAAAUUGAAAAUUUGAAGCAUGAUAUUCAACAAGCGAACACCCAGAUAUCAGAGAAAGAUGAAGAGAUCAGAUAUUUGCAAAAUACUCUUAAGGAUCUCAAAGGCAAGUUUGAUCACGGAAACGAAAUAAUGAAAGAAGUUUUACAGCUGCAGCGAAGUUUAGAGGAGAGUCAAGAAGAAGCAAAGCGUUUUAGAACAGCCUUUGAAAGAACAAGGCAAGAGAGAGAAGAGUUCUUAAACAACAUGGAAAGGUCAAAUACAAACUUACUCAAUAUGAAAGAGGAGCUAAGACAUGCCAGUGAGGAAAACAAGGAACUAUCAAUGGAGCUAAACAAGUUGCGUGAGAAGGUUUUACCAAUUUCUAAUUCAGGCAAAAAUGUGGCAGUAUGUGUAGGAGAUAAUAAACAGAACACUGGUAUGCAGCUGCAUCCAGACAAUGUAUUGCAAAACAGAGAUCAAGAAACAGAGAAUUCUAUAACACUGCUAAAUGUCUCUCCCAUAGAAAAAGAAUCACCAGAUGCCUCUCAUAUUGGAAGAAUAACAUUAACAGAAAGGACAGAUCAGGCACCAGUAGGAAUGACUCUUGCAAAGAUGGGAAAGAAAGAAAAUGGAAGAAAUGAUGAACCACAAGGACAAAAAGAUGAUACUGAAGAAAAAAGCAGAGAACGACUUCAGAGAAAGCUCCAGGUUGCUUUGAUAUCACGUAAAGAAGCUCUGAAAGAAAACAAAAUCCUAAAAGAUAAAAUAGAAUCACUAAUACUUGAAAACAAACAACUGGUUGAAAAGACCGAAGACCUUGGACUUCUGCUAUCUCAGUUGAACUCAGAAAAACAGGAACUGAGGGCUGUGUUGUAUAAAGAGGAGAUGCUUGCGACAGAAAAUGCUAGGUUGUUAAUUGAAAAUGAAAACUUAACUGCUGCAUGUGAAAGUCUAAAAUCUACUAUGGAAACUAUAGUCCAAGAGAAGGAAGCAUUUUCAUUUCAGUUGAAUUCCUUAAAAGAUUCUCAGACAGUUGAAUUAACAAGUUGGAAAGCUAAACACAGUGAAUUAAAGCAGGAGUAUGAGUCACUGCUUCAGGCCUAUGAGAAUAUUAGUAGUAAAAUAGCAGAAAUGAGACAAAUUAUUGAUGUCACUAGAAAAGAAAAGCAGGAUAUUCUUCACCGGGUGAAAGAAAGUGAAGCUGAGAAACAGGAGGCUGAAAAGCUGCUUCAAAGAGCCGCUGAUGAAAAUAUACAUGUGAAAGAACAGUUAAAGCAGUUAGCUGAAUCUAAACAGCAGGAAAUCAAGGAGUUGCUGAUUGAAGCAGAAAAACAAGCUUCUGAGCACAAUUUGUGCUUGGAAGAAUAUCAGAAAAAUAUUGAUGAAUGUAUUCUUCAGGUCAAACAACUAACAGAGGAAAAUAAGCAAUUAAGAGACAUUUCUGAAACAUUAAAGCAGACCCUAGAGAAAAAUCAGAAGGAAAAUGAGGUCCUUUCUCAGGAUUUUACUGUAACAAAAUCUGCUUUGAGGGACCUCCAGGCACAGUUGGAAUUGGCCGAGCUUGAUGCACAGUCUAAAGUCAACGAUGCUCUUAAUGAGAGGGAGUCAUUAUUAAAUCACAUUCAUUUGGUAAAUGAAGGUAUCUCAGAAAAGGAAAAAACUUUAAGGAUCUUAAAGGAAGAGAAUAAAAUUAUGUCAGAAAAGUUAAAAGGUGCUGAAGAAUCCCUGUGUAAGAAAGAAAACUCAUUAUCAAAGUUAGAAAAUGAUUGUAAAAAUCUUAACCAAGAAAUACUAAGCCUGGGUGAAAAAAUUAAGAUAUUAGAAGAUGACAAAUGUCUCUUACAGGAAGAAUUAGAGAAUGUUCAAGAAACAUUUUAUAAAGUGAAAAAUGAGAGAGAAUGUUUAGAAACCGAGUUGCUCAAUCACAGCAAAAAAUUGGAUCAAGCAACAGACAAACUGAAAUCCAAACAAAUUCAAAUCAGCUUACUUUCCCAGCAGUUGGAUGAUUUAAAAAAUGAGAAAUCCAAUGUAAUUAGAGAGAAAGAAGAACAACAGCUGCAUAUUGUCAGAGUAUUUGAAGAAAAAGUAAAAUCUGUUCAGAGAGACAAUAGUGGAACAAAAAAUAAAACAAAAGAAUUGCAAGAACUUCUCAGGGAAAAACAACAAGAGAUCAACCAAUUGCAAAAAGAUUCUAUUAAAUAUCAGGAGAUGAUUUUAGACUUGGAAAAAUCUAUGAAAUUAGCACAGUCAAAAAGUGAAAAAAUUGAGAAAGAUUUAAAAAAUGCAGAAGAGAAGCUUAGCAAAUCAAAUGAAGAAAUACAAAAGUUAACUGAAAAGCUGUCUUUACAAAAAAGUUUGUUGGAUAAAUCUAAAGCUGAAGUAGAGCAGUUAGAAAAUGAGAACCUAAAUAAUAAAAAAGAACUUAAAAAGAAAGAAAACCAAGUAUUAAAUCAGAAAAAAGAAUAUGAAAGCCAAAUGAAAUCUGAUCUUCAGCAUCUUAAAGUAAUUUGGCAGAAAGAAUGGAUCAGCUUAGAAGAAAAAUGCAGUACCCUUCAAAGAGAGAAAGAAAGAAUCCAGAGUGAACACCAUCAGCUGCGAGAAGAAAUUGAUAUAAGAGACACUCAGAAUAAGAAACUUCAGACUGAACUAAAUGAUGCUUUAGCCAGGUUGGGUGCUUUUGCCAAGUGCAUGUCAUCCCUUCAGAAUGACAGGGAAAGAGUCAUUGGUGAAAUGAAAGUUUGGGAGAAACAGUUCAAAGAGGCAAUUGAAAAUAAACAGCAACAGAUAGAGACCCACAAUCUGACAAUAGCAUCUUUACAAGAAGAAUUAAAGGCACACAUAUCUCGAGUUCAAGAACUGGAGCACAAAGGUUCUGUCCUUGAAGAACCUAAGAACAUAGUACAAACCACUGUGGAUUCACACCAUUUUGAUGAGCUUUCGAGAAUUAAAGCAGAAAAUGUCCUUCUUCAAAACAGGCAACAUGAACUAGCAACUGCUCUGAAAUUAAAAGAAGAAUCUUUUCAGGCACUUAUCAAAGAAAAAAAGUCUUCUCCACAGCUGAUAAAAAAUAAUUCUAAAGAAAAGGAGAUGGAAGCACUAACAUAUGAUUUGACUAGAAAAGAACAGGAAGUGCAGCAACUUACUUUGGAAAAAAGUGAGAUCCAAGCUGAGUUGGAAAAACAAGUUGCUAUUUCUGAUCACAUGAAAGCCAUGCUGAAUACGAAAGAUACAGAGAUUUCACUGCUGAUUUCAUCGAAGGACACAGAAAUUUCAGACUAUCUUGCUCAAAUACAAGCUCAGCAUAGACAGCAAGUUUCAGAUUUUGAGCAGCAGAUAAAGUCUCUGCAGGUGGCCAAAGGGCAAUCUGAUGAAAGUUGCCAGAGGAUGAAAAAUGAAUUGAAAAAUCUUCAGAGAAAAGCAGACAAAGCAGUUCAAGACAAGGUUGAGAUUGCUAGUACAAUGGAUGCCUUUAAAAAGGCAAUGUCUUCUCUCCAGAAUGACAGGGAUUCCCUGGUUUUGCAACACAAAAGUCUAGAGUGUGAGCACAAAGUUGAUUUAUAUGAGAAAGAGAGACUUGUAGUUGACAAUGCUAAUGAAAACCGAAUGUUGAAACAAGAACUAAGGAAGCUACGGAAUGAAUUAGAUGAUCUUCAUUCUGAAAACGCAAUGCUCACUGCACAGCUUAUAAAGUACAGGGAAGAUCUGAACCAGGUUCUGUCACUAAAAGAUAAUCAGUUGAAAGAAUUACUUACACAGAAAUUGGAAAACAUUAAGAUUCUUGAACAGGAAAAACUUAUACUUCAGAAAAAAAUGAAAGAGAUGGAGCUGGCUGUGAAAGUACAGGAGGAGAACAUGGAGUCUCUGAGACUGGAAAAUAUAAAGUUAACAUCAAAAGCUCAAGACUUGGAGAUUGUGAUUGCUUCCAUAAACAAAGAGAGGUUGGCUUCUGAAUCAAGGCAGAAGUUCUCACAUCAGGAGGGAGACAGACUUGAUCAACAGAAGGGAUUUUCAGUCAACAGCCAGCUUGAAGAAAAGCUGGAACAAAGAUUACAAGAGCUCAAGCAAAUGGUUGGCAAAAAUACAAAAGAUACAGAGCUGGAUCCUAAGUUAAUGGAAAAUGAAGCUAUUGAAUUGCCACAAAAGAGACUGUUAGAAGUUCAGUUUCAGAAUAAAGAGCUGCGGUCUCAAAUUGAAUCCUUUGGAAAAGCCAUGACAGCUCUGCAAGAUGAUAGGGAGAGAUUAUUAGAGGACUUCAAGGUACUUCAGAACAAGUAUAUUUCUGAGCUUGGAUCUGAAAAAAGAAGAGCUAACAAGCUUGAAGCUGAGCUCAGUGACUUCAAAUCAAAUGUCUUCAGUGUGCUCAAAGAAAAUGCUCUUUGGAAUCAGGAGUCACCAGAAGCUAAAAGCAAGAUCACUCUUGACCAGCUUACUGAUGAACUAGAAAAACUAUGUAAGCUGUUAAACACUCAAAAUCUUGAAAUUAACAGACUCUCCUCUGAGUGUGAGAAAUACGCUCAGCAGAUGGAUGCCUUUUCUAAGGCUAUGGCCAGUCUGCAAGAUGACCGAGAAAGACAUUUGCAGGAGCUCCGCAAGCUGAGAGUAGUUCAUGAAUCUAAACAGGGCUCAAGUUCAAUUUCCUUACCCUCUGACUACGCCAGCGAGCUUAGUUCUCUUAAGCAUAAUUUUGAGAUGCUUCAGGUGGAUAGGGACAGAUUGGUAAAAGAAGGAGCAAAUGUAGCAGCAUCUGAGAUAGCAAAACUAAAAGCCAAAGUUGAUGAUCUUGAAAGAGAUUUGAACCAGAAAAAAACUUUCCAAGAUGAAGCUGAGAAAGAAAGAGCAUCAUACCAAAAUGAACUAGUUGCCUUGCGAAUGGAAAAAAAUCUCCUUCGGGCAGAAUCUCAGGCACUCCAGAAUCAAUUACAGGCAACUCUUGUAGACAAAGAUCGCCAAAUAGCAGAACUACAAAAGGUGCAUUAUGGAGUAGUACCUCAGGGAUCUAUAUCUGCUGGCAAUAACCACCCAACCAAGGGAGUAGAAACUGUUGCUCUUGUUGGGAGCACAAAUGUUCCUGAUCAGGUAAAUCAGCUUCUGUCUGAGAGAAACCAGCUUCAAAAUGAACUCCAGCGCUGCCUUCAGGAGAUGCACCAGAGAGAGCUGCGAUUUCAGCAGAUAAAUUCAAAGGUAAUGCAGUCAGUGGAAGAAAAUGCUGUCUUGUCAGCCCAGCUAAAAACAGUAUCCCAGACUUUGCGGGAUAAUCAGUUUCGUUACACUGACCUGCAGAAUCGUUACUUGCGGCUUGAAAGGGAAUAUCAAGUGCAAGUUUCUUCUGUGCAAGGAAGUGCUCAGGGUGAACCUCAAGGAGAAGUUCCUCCAGGAGCUCCCCAGGAAAGAGCUGCAGUUAUUGUUGAAAUAGACAACAUGGAACUCAAUGAACUCAGGAAAAGGCUUGGAGAGAUGGAAAUGCAACAUGAUUCGUCACAACAGACUGUAUCGCAGCUAACAGAAGCACUCUCUGAAGAGAGGAACAGGCGACAGGCUGCAGAAGAGGCCCUGGGGCUCUCUGAGGAAGAAAUUAAAAGGCUUGAAAUGAAUUCUUACAGGUCAGCACCUAGAGACUAUACUGUUCAGAUGGAUUCCGAUGAGGAAAGGGAGGCCUUAAUCAUCAAUACGAGUGAACAUAUUAUUGUCCGAAAGGUAAAAGGAGGUGCCCUUUCUCUCAAGAGAUGGAUUAGGGGACGAAGCCUUUACUGCUCCAAGUUGCUGACCUCAAGGGCGAAAUCCCGAUAUCUCUUUCUGACUUAUUUGGUGAUCUUGCAUCUUAUGGUUUUCUUGUGCCUAACCGGCAUCCUAUAAAUGCACUGAACCUGCUGUGUGAAUUAUUUUCCUUCAGAAUAAUGGUGUGCCAAUUUGAGAUAAUGGACUUCUCAUAAGCUGCUGUUACUGCUAUGCACUGGACACAGUUGUAUAUAUUCUCACUAUAAUGUGUGUGGGUUUUUUGAACUUCUUCCUUCAUGAGUUUUAAAUGUACAUCACACUUGUUACAAAGUUGACCCGAGUUGCUCUUUAACAAUGGGAUACUAUAUUUGCUAAGAAAAAAAAGUCUUAUCAAUAAGAAGCUGCUGCAAUUGGGAUGUGUAAUAUUCUCUGGGAAUAUAUAAUGAUUGAAUCCUGUUGGAUGGGUUGUACAUUAUAUCUUUUCUAUAUAUAAAUUUAUUUUAACAGAGUUAAACUAUAAAUUUGGUGGGAAGGGACUUCUCAGCUGUUGGAUUUCUUGGCUUCUGGGUUAUAACAAGAAGCAUACAGAGUGCAAUAUGGGGUCAGGGAGCUGGAAUCAUAAUGAGUUUCUCAACUUUAAAUAAAAUCUUAAGAUCUGAAGAUAA